CGGGGUACAUCCACAACUUCCUGGAUGCUUUUUAAACUAAUAUACUUUUAAUUCAGUUAAACUGUUUUGUUUUUAAUAUCAUUGAGUUUUUUGUAUUGUGGAUACUGCAAAAUAAUGCAUAGAUUGUAUUUCAAGUUUCAACAUGGCAGCUGCGGAUUGGCAAGGCUAUUUUCAAUGUUUAUACUAAUCAGUAUUAUGCAGGCCAGUGAAGGAUCAAAUUUUACAGAGGAAAUGAACGUGGAUGCGACAAACCAUAGCAUUGCACGUGCCAUUGAAAUUCGAACAAAUUUGGAAAAUUCAAUUGUUAAAACAUUUAACAAAUUCUUUAAUAACUUUACGAACUUCUCGACUGUUUACAAUCGGUCUAUAAUCUAUAUGUGUGACCAAAGCUGCGCGCGCAAAAAUGCGCACGAAUACGGAUUGACUUCCGCUUUUCUUCUGUCUGUUCUUUCUGAGAGGAAAUUUGCUGUCUUAUCAACACGAGUUUUCGAUCUUUACGAAGAACGCGGCUACAAAUGGAAGGUGAACAUGUCUGAGAUUUUAAACAAAUCGGGCGGAAUGAUAGUUGCUCCGACAGCCAAUCAGAAUCGAGCCAUGACUGAUUUGCAUAUUCUGGAAGGAAAGCUUCAGAAAAUGAACUUUAAUCAAGCCUUUGACAGGGAUUUCAUGACAUCAACAGGGAACCAGAAUUGGAUACAAGACAUUCGUAGGCAUCGUCAGUCAUAUACAAAGAUGCCAUGGCUGUUCAGAAUGCAUGCAUGUGACGUCAACAGACUGGUGCAUUUGGGUUUGUUCAGGAUACCACAGUCCUUCAAAGACAUGCUUCAUUCUCAUUUAAUAGAAAAGGUCGGUGAUAAUAGAUUAAUAUGUUUUAGUGGGCAAGCAAAUACUGAUAUCAAAACAAACGGGGUUUUAGACUUUAUUAAAUCUAACUACAACUACUCCGGUUAUAAAAUAUAUAGAGUUAACAAACAUUCUGAAGACAGUUUCGAGAAAAGGUUCAAUGACGUCAUUGAUAACAACGAAGCAUUUGUGCACAUAGAAUUCGAUAAGCUAUAUAAAGCAGAUGAAGAUGAAAUUGAGUCACCGAAAAAACUGAAAGCGUUCAUAAACAUGGUAGAUAUUUAUAUUCUCUCAAUAUGCGAUGUCCUCAUCACAGCAGAGUCUCCUACCGGUAUUCUUGCAGCGCAUCUUCGCCGGAACUCCAGCGGACUAUUUUGUUUAAGGGACGGCGUUGUGUUUCCCUGCACGCGGGAAUUAAUUGCUGGUUCAUUUCGGGACCAAGAAAACGCACCAGUUCAUCUUGAUAAAAGAUAUUACAUGUUGAAAAGAAAAAGUUGAACUAUCGGGCAUUUAACAUACUGUAUGAUAUCAACUGACUUGUAUUUUAUUUAUUGAAAUAAAUUAUUUUUUUAAAAAAUAUUUAAUAUAUUUCUAUCGAAAGGAAUUAAAUUUUAC